GACCAAGAAAAUCAAUUGUGGGAAGAAGCUACCUUGGCAAUGUUGUCCAAGGAAACCAAUGGCCGUGUCAAAUUGGUGCUCAAGAAAAUGAAGCCAUAUGCGGCCAUGGUUUUCCUUCAGUUCAGUAUUGCUGUAAUGUACGUUAUUUUAAUGGCGACUCUUAAGGAAGGCAUGAACCAGUCCGUAAUGUUCGCGUAUCGUAGCCUUGUUGCUACUACUUUCAUUGCGCCAUUUGCACUCUGGUUUGAGAGGAAUGGGAGACCUAAGAUAACACUCAUCAUCUUCGUCAAGGUCAUGGCGUUAGGAAUACUUCAGCCUGUUCUGGAUCAAAACUGCUACUUAUUGGGAGCUAAGCUGACCUCAGCAGGCUUUGCUUCUGCUCUUGAAAACAUUAAUCCUGCCAUUACUUUUGUCAUAUGCCUUCUUCUAAGGAUGGAAAAGUUAAACAUUAGAAGGAAGCAGGGCGUUGCUAAGGUCAUUGGCGCUAUCUUGGGCGUAAUUGGUGCAAUUGUAAUGAUUUUGUACAAAGGACCUAUUGUGGAAUUUUUCUGGUCACAAGGAAGAGAGAACCAUAGCGAGGUAGCUACAGCAAAUGAUGAAGCAGGGAACAGCACUACAUGGAUUAAGGGCAUAUUGAUAAUUUUUAUUAGUUGUCUCAGCUGGUCUUCCUUCAUCAUCCUGCAGGCAAACACAUUGAAAUCAUACCCCGCAAAACUAAGCCUCACAGCAAUGGUUUGUUCAUUUGGUGCGGUAAUAAACGGUGUGAUUGCUCUUGUGGUGACGCAUGGAAGUUUUCGGCCAUGGAUUUUAGGGUGGGAUUUGAGGCUUUUUGCUGUGAUCUAUUCGGGUUUGGUAGGCAAUGCGUUUUGGUACUUCAUGCUUGGGGUGGUGACGAAGGAAAAGGGUCCAGUUUUUGCAAGUGCCUUCAACCCUCUUACAAUGAUCAUGACUAAUGUCUUGAGCUCCACCUUCCUAGCAGAAAAGAUUGUCCUUGGAACGAUUAUAGGCGCAAGUAUUCUGGUGGCUGGCAUGUACUUCAUUUUAUGGGGCAAAAGCAAGGAUUUUACCGUUGAGUUGGAGAGUGUAAAAAGUAUUGAAGAACCUGAACUACCUGUAGUUAAAAUCAAUAAUGUCGACGGCCAACCUAAGGCAUUGAGAUUUGAACCUACUUUGAUCCAUAUUCAGGAAACAAAACAGGAAAGCUUUCCACAAAAAGAUCAAGUUUUGGUUUUAGAUUUUCAAUAAUUAAAUGAGAUACUGGGUAACAUCAAGUUGUGGUUUAUGAUUGUUAAUUAUCACCCAACAUUUAUUUGGGUUGAUGUUAUGCUUAAUUUUUGAUGUAAUGCCCAUCAUACUAAUGAAAGUCAACAUAUGGUUAUGUGCUGAACUUCUUAUCAGAG